AUGCUGGAGAACCCCAGUCCCCCCCAGAGCCCCUCCCCCACUGCCAGGGCCACCCCUCCAUGGAGCCAAUGUGAAGACGACGGCCUCAGCCCCCAAGAUGAGGAAGGGCCGAGCACCUGGCAUGACCAGGAAGAUGUGCUCCAACAUGCUCUAUGUCAGAAGGUGGAUGAACUGGUGGCGUUCCUGCUGUUCAAGCAUCAGACCAAGGAGUCGACCACAAAGGCAGAAAUGCUGACCAUCCUCAAAGAUUACCAGGACCACUUCCCCAUGGUCUUCAGGCGAGCCUCCGAGGACAUGCGGCUGAUCCUUGGCCUCGACGUGAAGGAAGUGGACCCCAGCAAUCACUCCUAUGUCCUCGUCCCCACCCUGGGCCUCACCUACGAUGGGAUGCUGAGUGACAGGCCGAGCAUGCCCAAGACCGGCCUCCUGGAGGUGGUCUGGGGAGCACUUAGCAAGAUAGAUGUGUGUGCCGGGAGGGAGCACUACAUCUAUGGGGAGCCCAGGGAGCUCCUCACCAAAGUGUGGGUGCAGGAGGGCUACGUGGAGUACCGGCAGGUGCCCCACAGCGACCCCGCCCGCUACGAGUUCCUCUGGGGUCCCCGGGCCUACGCGGAGACCAGCAAGUGUCAGGUCCUGGAGCAUCUGCACAGGGUCAGUGAAUGGGAUCCCAGGUCCUUCCCAUCCCUGUCUGCAGAGGGUGUGAGCGACGAGGAACAGGGAGCCUGA